AGAGCCCUGCAGAGAAAGCAGUGGGUGAUGUGCAGUGAGCUCGGAGGAUGAGCAUGGCAGGUCACCGUGGGACAAUGUGCCUUCUUCCUGUUGUCCUCCUUUUCCUUCAGAUGAGGCAGACAGAUGGGAACCAAUGCAGUUCAAAUCCUUGUCACUAUGGUGGCCACUGUAAAGAUGGAAUUGGUUCCUACACUUGCACGUGCUUGGAUGGCUAUCAAGGCAAGAACUGUGAAUUUGUCAUACCCAAGUUCUGCAGAAUAAACAACGGGGACUGUGAGCAGUUCUGCAGUGUCAGAAGAGAUGGACGGAAGGAUGUGCUGUGUUCCUGUGCAGAUGGGUAUGCUCUAGCAGAGGAUGGCAAACACUGUGUUGCAACAGUAAAAUUCCCUUGUGGAAAAGUUUUUGUAUCAAGGCAAAAAAGGUCUGUUCUUUCGCCUACUGACUAUAGCAGUGGAACAAGUGAUCAGGAAAUGACUUCUGCAAACGGAACGAGCGCAGAGGAGGGCUUUGCAAUUACCACAGAAAGCCCAACCCCUCCGCCUGACAACAGAACAAGCAGCAAGACUCCAUAUGUGGAUACCAGGAUAGUUGGUGGGGAUGAGUGUCCCCCUGGCCAAUGCCCAUGGCAGGCUGUUCUGUUAGACGAGGAAGGAGAAGAGUUUUGUGGUGGAACUGUUCUGAGUGAAAAUUUUAUACUUACUGCAGCUCAUUGCAUAAACCAAUCCAAAGAAAUCAAAGUUGUUGUUGGUAAAGUGGACAGAGAGAAGAAAGAGCCGUCUGAAUCAAUGCACACUGUGGACAAAAUAUUCAUUCACUCCAAGUUUGUUGCUGAGACUUAUGAUAAUGACAUUGCCUUAUUAAAGCUGAAGGAACCUAUCAGGUUUUCGGAGUACGUCGUUGCAGCGUGUCUCCCCAAAGCAGACUUUGCUAAUGAAGUUCUGAUGAACCAAAGAUCUGGGAGGGUUAGUGGCUUUGGGCAUGAAUUUGAUGGUGGAGAACUCUCAAAAAAACUGAAGGUGCUCGAAGUUCCCUAUGUUAAUAGGAGCACUUGCAAGCAGUCCACUAGCUAUGUAUUUACUGAGAACAUGUUCUGUGCUGGUUAUGACACAGAGGAAAAAGAUGCUUGCCAAGGAGAUAGUGGUGGCCCCCAUGUGACCAGAUACAAGGAUACUUACUUUGUUACUGGAAUUGUUAGCUGGGGAGAAGGAUGUGCAAGGAAGGGUAAAUACGGUGUCUAUACCAAACUGUCCCGGUUCUUGCGUUGGGUAAGAACAGUCAUGAGUUUGUAGUGGUGGUGUGUCCCUUGAUCCUUCUUGCUAGCUACCAAGAUGCAGGAUUGGUAAUGGAAACUUUCUUUUCCUGCACAUCUGCUAAGCUGGUUUUGAAAUCUGGUUCCUUUAAGUUAUGGUCAGCUUCCAUUUGUAUUCUUCCUGUCUUUAAAGCACCUCUCUGUGGACUGCGGAGGAGUUUAGAAUUGGUUGAAUGAGGGAAUUUCUCCAAACAAAAAGGCUGCUGAGCAGAGUCUUUGGCUUCUUUCAAUUAUUUAUCAAUGGCCAUUUUGGUUCCUAUGUGUUGACACCAGUGCUCCUACCAGAGGCUGCUAAACAUGUUCUGAGCAGUCCCUAGUCAUGAUGAAAGCAGGAAGGACAGGACUCAGCUAAUCCUCAUAUUGCAGCCAUCUGGCUCAGCAGGGAGUUUGUCCUUACUGGAGUUGUCUGGCUUCUGCCUUUAGAUAUGACCAGAAGAUUAAGGAGCAGGGGAUCUUGCAUGGCAAAAGCUGAGACACAAUUAAUUAAUCAAUGUUUGGUGCUAAAUGGCCACAUGUUCCACAAAUGGCCUGCUCAGAUCACAGCCGCUCAUUAAAAGGGGUUUUGCUUUGUAAGGAUUGUACUUCACUUUAUUUUUAUUUGUACACUCUGCUCAUCGGAAAAAGAUAUAUGUGCACAUUCACUGUUCUCUGUAUCUUAUUCUGGAUUAUGUAUGGCUGAGGAGUGGAAAGCUCCUUACAAGUGUAUUGUUCUAGAUGUUUCUGUUAGGUGCAAUAUUGAUGUACACCAGCAUUUGAAAUAAAACAUUCUUUCUCUUUUGUUC